AGAGGCAACCCCUACUGCCACACACACACACACACACACACACACACUGAGACAGGCGCAGGGUCCUCCCUGAGAGCAGCGUGAACGCGAGACGUAAUUGCUCGGGUCCUGAUUGAUCUGGAGAGGAGGUGUUGUCUUCAGAGGUUGAGCCAUUCCGCGCUCUGAUGCCAAGCGCACAUGGAGGACUGUGCCAAAGACUUCUCUCACCUGGCGAGCCCGCCGUCCACGGAUCUUGGAUUGCCUUCAUAACAGGACAACAACCCUAUUUAUGUCCAAAAGAGCGAAUAUCCGCGUUUAAAGACGGGGUUAAACAAGCUGCCGCGGGUCGGAGUGAUUUUUUUUCUUCUCUCGCGUCGCUGUCUCAGGUUAAGUUGGCACUCAGUUCAAUCUUCACACCAGUCGAGCGCUAUCAAGGCUGUUUCUAGAGACUGCGAGUGCUAGUUUGAAGCGCAGAGGGACUAUAGUAUAAGCGAACUUACACCGGACUGUGGAGGAAAAAAGUUUGGAGAGCUUCGGGAGCGCGCGCGCUGAGGGUCCGAGUGUCCGUGAGAUGCUGCUGUAAAUGCGGGGCGAUGUCCCGACGGAAGCAAGGCAACCCACAGCAUCUGUCCCUCACGCAGAGGGAGAACCUGCCGACUCCAGCAGAUCAUGACGCAGGGAUGAACCAGUGUCCAUCAGAGGGCUCCGUCUCCAGUCCUGCAGGGGGAGCCGGAGAGAGUGACCUGCUGACCUGCGGCCAAUGCCAAACCAACUUCCCCCUGGGAGAUAUUCUAGUGUUUAUCGAGCACAAGAGGAGACUGUGCCCUGGACCGAGCUCCUGUUUCGACAAACCCAGCGACUGCGGCGGCAGUGGCUCCCCGUCUCCCAGACCCCUGCGGCCGGACGUCUGCCGGAGGUCUGGACCGGUGGAAGUCGGGAUCCAGGUCUCACCGAGAGAGGAGGAGGAGAAACGCCUGACGCCUGCCAGAGGAAUCUGCCCCAAGCAGGAGGGAGUCCCAACAGGAAAAGAUGAGCCCUCCAGUUACAUCUGCACCACUUGUAAGCAACCCUUUACGAGUGCGUGGUUUCUGCUGCAGCAUGCACAGAACACCCAUGGGAUACGCAUCUACCUGGACACCCACCCUACUAGCUGCUCUCUUACCCCUCGCAUGGCUCUUCCUCCACCACUGGGGGCUGAUGCCUUGCCUCGUUCCCCACUUGCCAGCUUUCUGGGUGAUGGCAGCAACCCUUUCCAGCUGUUGCGUAUGGGUGCCCCACUGCUACGAGAACCGCCGCAUGGCUACAUCGAGACCCGCUUGCCAUCUACGCCACCCUUUGUAAGCCCUCCCCCACCACGCCAUCCCCUAGAACGCCUUGGCCCAGAGGAGAUGGGUCUUCUGUCCCAACAUCCAAGUGCUUUUGAGCGGGUGAUGCGAAUGACACCAAUGGGCAUCCAUGAACCCUCCAUGGGCUUCUCUCAGCGUCUUCGUGAGUUGGCGGGAAACAACAACAAUGGUGGUCCAACUCCGCCUCUUUCACCUAACCGCGUACCUCCCAUGCAUCGACUUCUCAGCCCCACUCUCUUCCAGCAUGGCUCCAAAGCUCUACCGUUCCUACCCACACCCUCACAGCCACCAUCAAUUCCGUCAAGGGGAAAUUCUUCAUCCCCGCUAAACCAGGUCGGCAAAGCCAAGUCCUGUGAAUUCUGUGGCAAGACUUUCAAGUUCCAAAGCAACUUGAUUGUGCAUAGACGUAGCCACACUGGCGAAAGACCUUAUAAGUGCCAUCUCUGUGACCAUGCAUGUUCACAGGCAAGCAAGCUAAAGCGCCACAUGAAGACGCACAUGCACAAAUCAGGCUCUAUGGGGAGUUCACCUGAGCAGGGAGGGCAAGAUUCCGCUGGAGAGGGGCUUAAGAGCUGUGAGGAUAAUGGCACAAGGGAGGGAAUCGAUAAUGAGGAGGAAGAAGAUGAUGAAGAGGAGGAGGAGGAGGAGGAAGAAGAGGAAGAGCAGCAAAAUGGGAGCAGGCCUGAUUCCAAUCUAAGCAUGGACUCGGAGUUGAGCAGAAACAGAGAGAAUGGCCCAAGAACCACUCCAGAGGAUAAGCCUCUGGCCACUGAUAGAGUGACAGAAAGCCAAUACAACAACCUCGACAAUCACUUGAGACUGCCACCAGGCAGCAGACCAUGUGAGGGGAUGGACAGAGAUUCACAAGCAAGGGAGAUCGACAGGGACAGACAGCCCAUGGUGAAUGGCAGAGGCUGUGGCCCGGAGGAUUCCAUCUCUGCGAUGUUCCAUCGUAAGCCAAUGCCCAUUUCCAGCUCCAGCCUCUCUGGAUCUUCCGCCAAGCGGAUCAAGGUGGAGAAGGAUGUCGAGCUGCCGCAGGUGCCCGUUAUAUCCCCUGAAAAUGUGUAUUCUCAGUUGCUUGCUGGCUAUGCUGCAUCUCGUCACUUCAUAAGGGAGCCCUUCCUGGGCUUUAAUGACUCUAGGCAAUCGCCUUUUGGCACUCCUUCUGAGCACUCUUCAUCUGAAACAGGAAGCCUGCGCUUCUCCACCCCUCCAGGGGAAAUUCUUGAGGGUGGUGGUAUGUCAGGGCGCAGUGACAGCAGUACACCUCACCUCCAUUUGCGGGGUCCUGGGCCAGGAAGGCCACCUAGCUCCAAGGAGAGUCGACGGAGUGACACCUGUGAGUACUGUGGCAAGGUGUUCAAGAACUGCAGCAAUCUGACCGUGCAUCGGCGCAGCCACACAGGUGAGAGGCCUUACAAGUGUGACCUGUGCAGCUACGCUUGUGCCCAGAGCAGUAAGCUUACCCGGCACAUGAAGACGCAUGGGCAGUUUGGCAAAGAGGUGUAUCGCUGUGACAUUUGCCACAUGCCCUUCAGCGUCUACAGCACCCUGGAAAAACACGUGAAGAAGUGGCACGGUGAGCAUUUGCUGACCAGUGAGGUCAAACUUGAACAAGCUGACAGAGCUUGAGACCACUUAGCGAUGCACUGCAUUAUGGGUUUAGCUGGAUAGUCUUUUUCUUGACUAUAUAUUUUUUUGGAGUGUUUUGUGUGUGUGUGUGUGUGUGUGUGUGAAAAACUGCCACCUGAGAAACAAGAACACAGGGAAAUGUUAGUCUGUGGUUCUAAAAACCCUUCUCGCAUAUCCCAGUAACUAACAGAGGAGUAGUCCACUUGGAAUUCUUGGAGCCUUUCUACUGUGCAAUAAUUUCUGUAUUUAUUGGAUUAUUUGUAAUGACAAAUGGCAUGUGCCGGUACAUUAUGGAUGGGUUUCUGAUGCAUUCUCUUUCUGAAAUUAUGUUUCUACACCCCAUCUGAUAUGACAAAUACUGAGAUUUUGGCUUUCAGCCAGUUUUGUGUUCUAAACUAGUUUCCUCAAAGGAAACAAAUGGGUAAUUUCUAAAGAAGAGGUCAACUUCUAAAAAUGAGAGAAAUGUUUUACAUUAUCAUUGCUGUCAAUGGCCACACUUCUCAUGGGUUAUAUUCAGUAGAUAGAUACAAAGCACUGAAUGUCACUUUGACAAUAAAAUAUUCAACAAGGGAGCAAAAAAACCCAGGGAUGUUUUAAGGCAGCUGAUAGGCAGUUUGACUGCAUCUGAAUGAAUUUCUUUGGACAACUUGAAAUGAAAUUAGAUUGAAUGAAAGUUCCCCAACUAGUUCAUAUAUGAGAAUCACAACAUAAAGAUUCCCUGUAUAUAAACAGUGUUGAGGCCACCAGUGUUGCAUUCCUGACUUAUUUUUCCAAAGUAGAUUUUUCAUAGCCAAUAUUUUCAACACAAUCUCACGGCAAUUCGUAACUUUUUUAUUUAGUGGCUAAUUCGUUUGAAUUUAUACGAUCUAAUUUUUACAGUUUAGUACGAUUUGCUCAUCCCCCAAUGACGGUUGGGUUUAGGGGUGUGGUUGGGUGCCACGCCUCCUUUUUAAAUCGUACAAUUUCAUACAGCUGAACUCGAA